UCGGUCGUCGCUCAUUCGUUCAACAGCCAACAGCCGUGUGGCCGCCUGAGGAAAUAUCUCCGCGUUAAGGCGCCUCGAAGCUACUUUAUUCGUUCAAAUUGUUCCCCUCGUCGUGGUCAUGCCGGUGAAAUAACGCCAGCCGGGCAUGUCCAAGCGACCGGGUACCGACGACGGGCUGCAGAGUUCACCCAGCGGUCCCCAGUGCGACUUGGCCGGCGGCGGGGACGUCAACAUGGACGCGACGGCGGAGAAGAUGGACGUCUCCCUGGCGGAAAUCCUCGCGCUGUACAGCCAGCCCCUCAACGAGGAGCAAGCCUGGGCCGUCUGCUACCAGUGUUGCCGGACGCUGGAGGCGAGGCGGCCCUUGCGGAAAGGCUCCAAGAGCGGCGGCGGUGGCGACUCCCCGCGGAGGAUCGAGGGUCCCGGGGAUGUGAGGAUCGGUCGGGACGGCACCGUCACGCUGCGCUUUGAACGCACCGCAGAUAAAUAUGGAUCGGCGCCAACGUCACUUGAGGUGAUCGACUCGCUGGGCGUUAUGAUCUACAAGGCCCUGGACUAUGGACUGAAGGAGAACGAGGAGCGCGAGCUGAGCCCGCCGCUGGAGCACCUCAUCGACAUGAUGACCAACGCGCAGGAGGCAGAGAGUGACGACGCCUGCCCCGAUGAGGGCUACGAGGCCACCGAGGAGGAAGAGGAAGAGGAGGAGGAACAGCUGGCUGUCUCGACUUCAGGCGGCACCAUCAGCCAAAUACGAAGCUACCGCGACCUGAUAACGCUGUGUUCCUCCCACCUUCCAAGCCCCUCAGAUGCCCCGGACCACUACCAGGCCGUGUGCCGCGCCCUCUACGCCGAGUCCGGGGAACUGCGAACGUUCCUGGAGAAGAUCAAGAGCGCAAAGGAGAAUCUUCGCAAAAUGGAAGGCGAGAGCCACCAACAGCCUGUUAGAGACCUGGAUGAGCUCCAAAAUGCAGAUUGGGCGCGGUUCUGGGUGCAAGUGAUGCGAGACCUACGCCACGGCGUGAAGCUAAAGAAGGUGCAGGAGCGUCAAUACAACCCGCUGCCCAUCGAGUACCAGCUGACGCCCUACGAGAUGCUCAUGGACGACAUCCGCUCCAAGCGCUACAAGCUUCGUAAAGUCAUGGUAAACGGCGACAUCCCCCCGAGGCUGAAGAAGAGCGCCCAUGAGGUCAUCCUUGAGUUCAUCAGGUCGCGGCCUCCUCUCAAUCCCGUGUCGGCCCGCAAGUUGAAGCCCACGCCGCCGCGACCGCAGAGCCUCCACGAACGCCUGCUGGAGGACAUCAAGACGGAGAGGAAGCUCAGACCCGUCUCGCCGGACUUGACCCGGAGGAUCCGUCUGGUCAUUCGUCCUCUUAUCACGUCUUACAGCUUUGACUCGUCAGGUGCUGGGAAAAGCAUCAGCACGCCUCACGAUUUGUGCCGGACCUCAGACACCCCCGACGCCCCCCGCAAGCUGGCCACUAGCACGCAGUCGCUAGCGCGGGGCUCGGCUAACCAGAUGAGCCAAAGGAAGAGACUCCUGCACGCGCCCACGCUGGCGGAACUGGAGAGCUCCGAUUCCGACGAGGAGACGACGAGGAGCAGCUCCAGCGCGACCACGUCCUUGAUGGACAUAUCUCCAGAUUCUACCAAAGGCGUGAAGCCUCUACCGGCGUUCCUGCCCGUGUCCGCCACGCCGCUGCCGGACAAGCGUCAGCUGUCGGCUUCCCUGCGGCGCCACUCCAUCGAGAAGGAGGCGCCCGCCAACUCCGCCCCCUUCGUCGCGCCAUCCAGACAGAGCUCCAAGUCUCUGCUGAUGGACAACGCCGGUAAGGUCUCUCGCUGGUGUGCUGUCCCCCAGGAGGAGUUCCGCUUCCCGGCGGAGUGUCUGGCGCUGACGGUGGAGGAGGUGAUGCACAUCCGCCAGGUGCUGGUCAAAGCCGAGCUGGAGAAGUUCCAGCAGUACAAGGACGUCUACAACGCGCUCAAGAAAGGGAAGCUUUGCUUCUCGUGUCGCGCGAAGAGGUUCUCCUUCUUCACCUGGUCGUACACGUGCCAGUUCUGCAAGAGGCCUGUGUGCUCACAGUGCUCCACAAAGAUUCGUCUUCCGUCCAAGCCCUACGCCACGUUGCCCAUCUACACUUUGGGCCCCAGCGCGCCGGUUAAAGACGAAGCGGGCGCAUCUUCGGCCUCAUCCGAGUCGUUCGGGUCGGCGCAGAACCGCCGCAGCCUCCGCCGAAGCGUCUACAAGUUCAGCAAGUCGGGCACGGGUGACGACGACGACGACGACGCGUCACCUCCGACCCGGGGCGACCCGGACCUCCCCAAGGAGCUGACGGGGGACUGGGCGUCCAUGGAGGUGUGCGUGGACUGCAAGAAGUUCAUCACGGAGAUCAUCUCGUCCAGCAAGCGCAGCCUGUGCGUGGGCAGCAAGCGGGCGCGCCUCCACCGCCAGACUCGCUCCUUCUACCGCAGCUCGUCCGCCUCCGUCGACUUCCGUCGCUCGCCGCGCAUCGCCAUCCACGAGGCGUAGACCGGGGGAACCCGCAAAAGACGUCGCGGGUUCUUCCCGCUCGCCAGGAAAACGUUUGAGGAUGCUAAAGCGGAGAAAAGGAAGGACGGACUAAAUGGCUGUAAAUAGCGUCCGAGCUCAGCCCAGCAAGUUUUCCUCGUUAGCACUCAGGAACAACAAGCGAUUGUCGAGACCCUCAGGUCGCCUCCCUCCAACCAAACCAGAUGUUUUUUUUGUUUUUUUUUUUUUCUUUUCAUGCUGCAAUUUCCCAACCCCCCUUUUUUAUUUUUGACUACGGCUUUCACGGUGGAAAUGGCAACAAACAAACAAACAAAAAAUUGUCCUUUUUUUUUUUUUUUUGGUCCAUAUUUUUUUUUUAUCAUUCCAAUUAUACCAAGUAAUCAUUUUUGAUGACUUCUUCCAUGGUGGAAAUGGUAAAAAAGAUGCCCCCCCCCCACCCCAUUGGAUCUUUUUUCCACCCUUUUUGUUAGCUGAAUUACAGCAAAAUAAUUUUGGCUACUUUUCACAUGGAAAUGGCCAAAAAUACAUCCGCUUUAUCCCACAUUGGAGCUUCCCCCCCCCCCCCCCCCCCCCACUUUUUAAAUGUAUUUAUUUAUUUAGUUUAAAUGAGGUCAAUCAUACCAAAUAUUUUUUGGACUACAACUCGCAUAGCAGAAAUGGCAGCGUUUGUUUUUUUCCCCAGAAUUAUUGCCAAAUUGGAGUAUUUAUUUUUGCUUUUUUUAAUUAAACCAGUUACAUCAAAUAAAAAUAUACUAUAUUUCGUAAUAGUAGCAAUGCCAGAUUUACAUUUUUUCUUUUUUGUCCCACUACAUCAUUUUCCUUCUUCUCUGAUGGUGGAAAUGCCCGCUUCCCCCUUUUAUAAUAUAUAUAAUUUUGCCCCCCCCCAAAAAAUCUCAAAAUGAUUGCUCAAUUCCACCCAAAAUGAUGUUUGAGUUGAAAUUCCUCUGAUUUACCCCAACUAUAAGCACUUCUCUAAUUUACAACUUUUUGUAUAUAUAUUUUUUGUCAACACGUGAUUUUGGAAGUGUGCCUAGUGCCAAACUGCGGUUUGUUUUCUGCUUGUACAUAGUGUACAUGCAUUGAGUGCUGCGGACUCAUUGGCUGCGCUGCUGCUUCUGCGAAUGUUGUACAUGCUGUAUUGCUCAAAAUGCUCCAGAUUUAAUACGACUUUUAUUUGUUUUAAGAGGAUCAAAUGUUUGUCAAAUCAAAGUCUUUAUUUUACGUGUUUAAAAAAAACCCUCCCGGGUCUAUUGAUUGAUGUCGGGCUUUUGUCUUAAUAAUUAUUCAUUUGUCCGUUCCCCCCAAGGGUUCCGCAUGAAUGAAGGAGGAAUUCAACGUCGGCCGUUCACACAGAACAAAUUUGGUUGCUGAAGAUGUCACGUAACCUUUUCUGAUGCUUGAAGAAAAACACCAAACCAGCCGGGCCUGUUCUCAACGACGCUCGUGUUCCCACCCAAGCUGAUUUUAAGUUUUAGGCUGCUGCCAGGAAUGUGUGCAUGCUUCUGUCUCUUUUUUGUUUGGUUUUUAAAUGGAAGAAACCACAAUAAAAACAUUGAUUUCUUA